AUGGGCCAAAAACACAGCAAACCGUCCCAAAACCAGGGCAAUACCGGCACCACUCAAGUUAGGCCAAAUGCCCCGCCAUCAGAUCAGCCGCCCCCAGCAUAUGAUGAUUGCGCGAAGGCGGCAUGGUUGCCCCGAGAACAUGUUCUGAUCAUCAUCGAGAGCGUUGACCAAAUCAUGAAAGAGGUGGUGGUGGAGCUUGAUGGCGAGCUCGAUGGCUCUCCUGAUGUACUCGUGGCCGCGGGCCAUAUUCGUGAGAGUUGUACGGUGGCUGCCAGAACGGUUACCAGAACCAAGCUACCAAACACGAACUCCGAAGUUCUGUUCGAUGAUAUCAAGGAGCGCCGUACGAUACUUGCGAAACUAGGAAGCUCUCUUACUAAGAGUGUAGCAGAGGACAAACGAGUAGCCGUUAUCCUGAUCUGGGCCAAUGCUGUGACAAAGGCUGCAUACGCAGCCAAGUCAGAUAGCCAGGACUACCGAACAGCGGCAUGGGCUGCUCUGGUAGGUAGAUUUAUGCACGAGCUUGCGGCGGGGUUUGCUAUUAAGAAGUGGCAGAAGAUAAAUGGGGCUUGGCCGUCUAAAGUUGGUGUUUUGCACCGGGGAUUCGUUUAG